ACCGAAGAUUGCAAGAUGACUAAGACCGGCCCGGCAAUCAAACCGGCCCUGUGUGAUCGAGCGGACAGGCCAAUACACCUAGUAUGUCUGGGUCUUGGAAUGCUUUCCUGUAACUACAUCUAUUUUGUUCUAAGCACCAUCAGCACGAAAUGGAACGGGAAACGUAACAGAGAGAGAAACUUUAGUGGCACUCAACGUCAGAAAUCAUUUUCCCCCAAAGGACUAGCAUAAGGUGUACAGGUCCAUCAAUAGCUGUAUUAGUCGGGGUUGGUGCUGUAGGGGAACUUAACGUUGAGCCUGUACACGGGGUGGAAGGCGCAGCAACUCGAUCCACGGAACAUGAGUGAGUUGUGAAGGAGCCUGUCCCAGUCU